GGGCGGAGCUUAUUUAGCUCCGGGGGCCUGGGCGGUGCGGGGGCCUCCUGAACCCUACCAGUGGGGACACGUCACGCGCCGGCCAUGGGCAGGGGCAAGAAGGCCAAGCGCGGCGCCGCCGUGGCAGACGCCGACGCCGACGAGACAAUGCCUUCCGCCGACGGGGAGCGGGAGCAGGCUCCGACGCCGGAGCCCGCGGCCAACGGGGACUCGGCACCGCCUCCGGCCGCGCCCAACGGGACGGCGGCGGCGGCGGGGGAUGCCGAUGCGGCGGGGCGGGACUCGUCACCGGAGCGGGACGGCGGGGAGGCGGAGCGGCGGCUCCAGCUCCUCAACGCCAUGCUCGCCACCAGGGCCAAGGAGGAGCGGAGUCGGGCGGCGCUGCUCGAGGCGCGGCUCGGCGAGCUCGAGGCCGACGCCGCCGCGCUCGCCGCCGGGGAGCGCGGGGUGCUGCUCGCGGCGCUCGCGGCGCCGCUCCGGGACGCGGAGGAGGAGCGCGCGGUGCUGGGGGCCCGCCUCGCGGCGGCGCGGGAGGCGCUCGGGCGCGCCGAGGCGGAGGCGGCGCGCGAGGCGCGGGCGCGGGCCGAGGCCGCGGCGCGGCUGCAGGCGGCGGCCGCGGAGAAGGGGUCGCUCUCGGAGCGGUUGGGCGCCAAGGAGGCCGAGGCGGCGGCCGCGGCCGAGAAAGCCGCCGGAUUGGAGGCGGAGUGCUCCGAGCUGCGCGCGGAGAGGGGCCGAUUGGAGGAGCAGUUGGAGGCGGCGAGGGCAUCGGCUCGUGCUGUCCAGUCUCAGAAGGCGGAGCUGGAGUCAAGCUUCAACGAAUUCAAGAGCAACGCAGAGGAAGCGAAGAGGAACGCAGAAAAAGCGAAGCAGGGGAUGGAGGAGAAGCUCCAGGAGAUGCUGAGGGAAUUGGAGGCUCUGCUAUCCAGGAAGGCGGAAAUGGAGGUGAAGGUCGGUUCUCUGGAGGCGGCGCUCUCGGCGGCCAUCGCUAGGAACAGCGAAUUGGAGUCGGAGGUGGAUGAAAUGAAGAUGGAGAUGCCUGCUGCAAGGAAGGAGGUGGAGAGGCUCCAGGCCGAGGUUGCGGAGGCGGUUGAGAAGCACAGCGCGGCGGUCGCUGAAGCGGCUAGGCUCCGGAGCGAGAUUGACAAGGUGGUGAAGGCGAAUGAGGCUGCUGCAGAGGCACAUGAUACUGACAAGAGAAGGUUGGAGGCAGAAUUGGAGGCACUGAAGGGGGAGGUUGCCCGGAUUCAGGCCGAGAAGGAUGCUUCUUUGGACAUGGUCCAUGCUAAAGAUGCAGAGGUUGGAGAGUUGAGGGAUGAAUUGAAGAAGCUCCACGGAUCCAUGGCUGAUCUCCGUACUCUCUGCAAUGAUCUUGAGGGGAAGUCUUCCUCCCUGCAAGAUGAGAGGGAUUCAGUUCUGAAAGCACUUGAAACGCAGAAAGCUGAAGCUGAGGAGCUGAGGCUGACUCUUGAGGAGCUUGAUGCUAAAGAUGCUGAGGUUGGAGUGUUGAGGGAUCAAUUGAAGAAGCUCCAUGGUUCCAUGGCUGAUCUCCGUACUCUCUGCAAUGAUCUUGAGGGGAAGUCUUCCUCCCUGCAAGAUGAGAGGGAUUCAGUUCUGAAAGCACUCGAAACGCAGAAAGCCGAAGCUGAGGAGCUGAGGUUGACUCUUGGGGAGCUUGAUGCUAAAGAUGCUGAGGUUCGAGUGUUGAGGGAUGAAUUGAAGAAGCUCCACGGUUCCAUGGCUGAUCUCCGUACUCGCUGCAAUGAUCUUGAGGGGAAGUCUUCCUCCCUGCAAGAUGAGAGGGAUUCAGUUCUGAAAGCACUCGAAACGCAGAAAGCCGAAGCUGAGGAGCUGAGGCUGACUCUUGGGGAGCUUGAUGCUAAAGAUGCUGAGGUUCGAGUGUUGAGGGAUGAAUUGAAGAAGCUCCAAGGAUCCAUGGCUGAUCUCCGUACUCUCUGCAAUGAUCUUGAGGGGAAGUCUUCCUCCCUGCAAGAUGAGAGAGAUUCAGUUCUGAAAGCACUCGAAACGCAGAAAGCCGAAGCUGAGGAGCUGAGGCUGACUCUUGGGGAGCUUGAUGCUAAAGAUGCUGAGGUUGGAGUGUUGAGGGAUGAAUUGAAGAAGCUCCACGGUUCCAUGGCUGAUCUCCGUACUCUCUGCAAUGAGCUUGAGGGGCAGUCUUCCUCCCUGCAAGAUGAGAGGGAUUCAGUUCUGAAAGCACUCGAAACGCAGAAAGCCGAAGCUGAGGAGCUGAGGCUGACUCUUGGGAAGCUUGAUGCUAAAGAUGCUGAGGUUCGAGUGUUGAGGGAUGAAUUGAAGAAGCUCCACGGAUCCAUGGCUGAUCUCCGUACUCUCUGCAAUGAUCUUGAGGGGAAGUCUUCCUCCCUGCAAGAUGAGAGAGAUUCAGUUCUGAAAGCACUCGAAACGCAGAAAGCUGAAGCUGAGGAGCUGAGGCUGACUCUUGGGGAGCUUGAUGUCUGUAAUGGCGAGAAGGAUCGUGAGAUUCGGACACUGAAGGCAGAAGUUGAGGGCAAGGGGUUCGAAAUCAGUGACUUGAACGGGGAGCUUGAGCAGCUGCAGCUCGCAGUUGCGGAAGCACAGCGCAGGGGGAAGAAUGAAGUCUGGAGAUGGCUGGGCCCAGCUACCACGACCGUGUUAGCAGCUGCUUCCUUUGUCUACGCCGCCCGUAGUCGGUGAACAGCUAGCUCUUUUACUCGCUUUUUGUUCACUUGCUCGAGUAUGUAUUACUCAGAAUAACCAGGCUUCCUACUCAUGAUACUUGGUAUAUGGUGACACUGCUCCUUACUAUAAAAUAAAGCUAUUUUUGGACAAUUUUGUUUGCA